AUGCUUUCCACAACUUACGUUUUAUCUUGCGCUGUCCUCGCCGCUUCUAACUCUAUGGUCUCAUCCACGCCUUUCCCACAAGCUCCAAUGACAGGCUUAAACUCGAAUGUCGGAACAACAUCAUCGCCUUCGACGCUUGGGACCACUUCGACGCUUGGAUCUAGCUCUUCGCUUGGUACCGCUUCUACCUUGCCGCCCACCUCUUCGUUUGGUACUACCUCUUCGUCUCCCUCCCUCUCUACGCUUGGUACCACUUCUUCUCUACCUUCCAGCUCUUCGGUUGGGACCACUUCGCUUGGCGCUGCUUCUUCGCCUGCCACCACUUCUACGCUUGGUACCAGUUCUUUCGGCGCGCCCCCUCCAUCCGGGACCACAAUUUCCGGAACUGCAAAUAGCUUGACUGGAACCCCACCGGGAUACACUCCGAUGACUUCAACCAGCACCCCUUCUGGUGCAAUUGGCAGCCCUCCUUCAGGGUCUUCGCCAAUCACCCCGGGUAACACUCUCACAUCUCCUACCUCAUUCGGGUUGAAUGCGAGUAGCGGACGGAAUGCCAAUCUUGGUGCCUCGGGAUCUCUCGUCGCCGCUAACCAGACCAUGCCGGGUAUGGCUUCUCGAGCCAGUGCGUCACAUACCGUCGCUGGAGUAGCCUUCUCCCUGAUAGCUACUUGUGCAAGUGUGCUUUUGGUAUAA